AUUACCGCUUUUUAAUAGAUUCUUGCUACGCGUUUUAUGCUUACAAUAGGUGGAGGUGGCGAGGUAGUUGGCGCUGGUACGCAAUUAAGAGCUUUGUUAUUAUGAUCACCUCCUUUGCCUCCCUUUAGAAGGAUAUUUCUGUAGUGCAAAGUACCAAAAACAAAAAUUUACCUGCAAAAGCUUGGGGCACUAUCAGGUUAACAGGGGGGGUUAAUAUCAGCUUGUCUGAUCACUCCGACAAGCCUCACCCUCCACCCACGAAAAGCCCCACCUCUACGAGCGAAAAGUUGGGAGACAACGCAAAGCCCAGCCUGCGCAAGCGAAAAUCCAAAGAUUAGAAGCUAGAAACUUCAGUCCCUCCCUCUGAUCCGAUGCCAUGGAAAGCUGGCUGAAAGCAACUGGGGCGGUAGGCUUGGACGACCUGGAGCUUGCCGAUUUUCCAAUUACCGGGCGCGGUGUUAGAACACUGAAGCGUUUCAAGCAAGGAGAAAGGAUUCUAACCAUUCCAUGUGGCAGUCUCUGGACAGUCGAACGUGCCUAUGCCGACUCUCUUCUAGGGCCAGUCCUUCGCUCUGCGCAACCGCCCUUGUCUGUCGAAGAUACCUUGGCUACAUAUAUCCUCUUCGUCCGGUCGCGUGAGUCGGGAUACGAUGGCCUGCGAAGCCAUGUGGCAGCGUUACCUGAGAGCUACUCCUCAAGCAUCUUUUUUGCGGAGGAUGAUUUGGAGGUUUGCGCUGGCACUUCACUGUACAACAUCACAAAGCAGCUGGAGCAACAGAUCGAGGAUGAUUAUAAAGAAUUGUACGUGCGAGUGUUUGGACAGCAUCGAGAUCUUUUUCCACUCGAAAAGUUCACCAUCAAAGAUUAUAAGUGGGCUCUCUGCACCGUCUGGAGUCGUGCGAUGGACUUCAAACUUCCUGAUGGAAAUUCGUUUCGACUUUUGGCACCCUUCGCGGAUAUGUUGAACCACUCGUUCGAGGUUCAGCAGUGUCACGUCCGCGAUGCCUCGUCAAAAAACCUCUCUGUCCUUGCUGGGAAGGACUACGAAGUCGGCGAUCAAAUUUUUAUUAACUAUGGACCGAUUCCUAAUAACCGCCUCUUACGUCUCUAUGGCUUUGUUCUACCCAGUAAUCCUAAUGAGAGCUAUGAUCUCGUUCUUGCAACGCAUCCUGAAGCGCCAUUCUUUAAACAAAAGCAUAAGCUCUGGGUAUCGGCUGGACUCGACUCAAUCUCUACCAUAUCCCUCACUUUCACCGAUCCGCUACCAAGAAAUGUCCUUCGAUACCUCCGUAUUCAGCGAGCAGAUGAAUCGGAGCUCGCUGCUAUAGCACUUCACCAAGUCGAUGCUACGGAGAAAGUCAGCGGUUCGAACGAAAUGGAAGUCCUACGGUUUUUGGUGGAAUCGUUCUGUGGUGUUCUAGAUAGUUACGGAACACAAGUAGAAAAGCUAGAAGAACAACUCGCGGAGGGCGUCUAUCCUUCUGGGGGAAAUGCAUGGGCUGCGGCGCACGUUAGUUUAGGCGAACAACGGGUGUUAAGAUUAGCGAGAAAGAAAGCGCAGGAUUUGCUAGCGGCGGCGGCGGAGAGCGGAAGUGAGAAUGGCAGGGGUUCGUUGUCGGUACCGGCGCGAUGUGCGAAUUGCGGAAAGGAUUCCGUGAAGUUGAUGUUGUGUGCGAGGUGCAAGGGGGUCAUGUAUUGCGGGCGGACGUGUCAAGUCGCUCAUUUCGGUAAGCACAAGGCAAUAUGUCGAACUACAGCUUCUGGGAAUAUCUGAAAUGAGAUAUAGUAGAAAUCGAA